GAGGACUUAGGAGGAGUGCAGCUACAUAUGGGAGGAGUUAAAUGUUUUACAGAAGCAGCACACCUGACAGUUGACAAGCCAGAUAUUCCUGGGCAGGAGCUCAACCCCAUUGUUCCAGCCCCUUGAACUGAGGCCCCGCCUUACUGCCAGCCGAUUGGCCUAGCCAGCACCACCUUGAGUCACUAACCUCCUGGGAGCGGCCUGGCCACGCCCACCUGUUGUGUCGCCCAGCACACUUUAGUUUCAGGAUUGUUGCGUCUGUUCACUUAGCUCAAAAGCUGCUCUCUGACUACCUGGCGCUCAGUUUUCCCUUCAUUCUUGUAACAUGACGGCGCCGCCUCUCGCGCCGGACGCAAAGCCUCCCCGCCGCAGGAGGAAGACCUACACUUUCUGGUGGUGCUUCCUGGGCAUUUGCGCAGAGGCCCUUCUGUUCCUGCUGUCUACUUUAUCUGAUGCCUGUGAACUACCACCACCAUUUGAAGCUAUGGAACCCAAGGAAGAAACUAAACCCUAUUAUGAGGUUGGAGAGACAAUAGAAUAUAAGUGUAAAAGAGGAUACAUAUUUCUGUAUCCAUUCAUCAUGGUUGCUACCUGUGAACCAAAUCAUACAUGGUUCCCUAUUUCAGAUCAUGGUUGUGCUAAAAUAGAAUGUCCUACAUUAGCAGAACCUGAAUUUGGCAAAGUACACCUCCUAGAUGGCAGAAUUUCAUGGGGUGGUCGAGCUCAAUUUACUUGUAUGGAUGGUUAUUACGUAGUUGGUAUGUCAAUUCUACACUGUGUGCUUAAAGGUGAUCAUGCAUAUUGGAAUGGUCCUCCCCCACAUUGUGAAAAAGUUUAUUGUUUACCACCUCCAAAAAUAAAAAAUGGAACACACACCUUUACUGAUAUAGAAGUAUUCAAAUACCGUGAAGCAGUAAUUUACAGUUGUGAUCCUAAGCCGGGACCAGAUAAGUUUUCCCUUAUUGGAAUGAGUAUGCUCUUCUGUUCUGGCCAUAACACCUGGAGUAGCAAGCCUCCAGAAUGUAAAGGUAAUCAUCUUUCCUUCAUUUGUAAAUAGUUUUACCUAAAAAUAAACAUAGUGACUAUAUGUCCUUCAUCCUCUUA